UAAUAAAGCAGAGAACAACAGCAAUAAGUAGUGAAUUAUCGCAUUUCUAUGCGGCACAAACACUUGGUAUCAUAAAACAUGGUAAAUCUGCCUUCGAGCUCCAGGCAGGAAUACUCUACUCACUGAAAAGCAAGAAUAUUGAUUCUUUUUACAGAAAGGACAAGAGCAGGAAAGAAAUGCACUAUAGGAAAAAUGCACGAAUGGCCUUUACUGAUUUGUAGUAGCAUUAUCUUAGUCCAUUAAUUCCUCGCAGUGCUGCUUGUCGAUGGUUGACGUCAGGACUUUGAAUAAUUUACCCACCCACCCUUUGUUUUUGGUGUCUUUCCCAUGCAAUUUGUUUGUAUUGUACAGGUGCAGUCAGCAAGUUUGAAUGAAUAAUUUACUCAUGUCAUGUUGACUGCUACAUUGCUCGCUAUUCCUCUCUUUUUUUGUGGGGAGGAAGCGCGAGUGCCAUGUGGAUAUGUGACGACACCUGGAAAAUGAUGGAUAUUUUGUCAAUGGGCUGGCUGGGAUAUGAUAAUUGUUUUUACCUACUUACUUCUCUCUCGGUUGAGGUCUGCAAUUCUCCAUCGACUUUUUCGAAAUAUUAUUGUUUUACAAUUGAGGAAUCUGUGUUUAAGAGCAACAAAGGAUAGAACGACGAAAAUCAUUCAUCUAAACGGUUUCUACUACGAUCAAUCGCACGCACAGAGAAGAGACAGGACUCACAGAAACAAAGAACAGCAUGUCCGGCAAGAACCAACAAGGCGGCAUGGACGUGACGCAGAAGAACGGCAAGUCAAUCCCUCAAUGAAUUCACUUCCCCAUCUCACCCAUCCUCCUCCAACUCGAACCAAAACAUGUAUCCCCCUAACAACACACACAGUCCUCCAAGCCCCCCUCCACAAACACACAGCUUCGGGCUACUGCAACCCCAGCACACCAAUUGCCGCUCUCUUAACCCCAUCCUUCCUAUCCUUCGCCUCCUCGCAAUCCAUUUCUCUCCCUGCUUCCCUGAAAGCGGGAGAUCGGACGUGUCUGUCUACCAGGACAUGGAAGUCCGCUACCGACAAGUUAGAAAGAGGGGGUGACGAAGGUGGAGUGCCGCGCGUGAAGCUUGAAGGAACACAUGUCGCUGCUUUGGAGAAUGUGGAUUUGGGUGUGUUGAAGAGGUGGAGUGCGGGCGCGGAUGUGGAUAGUGGGGCUGAGUGGGGUGGAGAUAAAAAGGGCGGGUUUGCGAGGGAUAGUGGGGAGAUUGGGGGGAAGGAACCUAGAGCUUGA